UGUGAGAUGAAUGUGUAGUUGCUGUAAACACACACAAGAAGCCAAACAUCAGGAGGAAAGUCGCUGGACUGGCUAGAAUGUUGUGACUCAACGCAAGCGGAAGUGGUGCCUGAGCGGCGAGGCGGACGAUGCGGGGUUUGCGCUCCAGGUCAGACCCCAUGGCCGUGCCGUUGAACUCGGCCGUGGAGACGGAGAAGGCGCAGGCGCUGCUACAGACGUUCAGCACAGCAUCUCUGCUCGCCAGCGCUGGACUCGGAGCCUUCUGCCUCUUAUCCGACGCCAUUCUGAACUCGCCGUUUAUCCAGCAGCACACGUGGCUCAGGGCCGUGCUGGACAACGCAGUCCAUGCCGUGAUUGCACUCUGGUCUUGGGCCAUCGUCAUUGGCCUGAGGAAGAAGAGCGACUUCUAUGAAGUGUUGCUGGCUGGCUUCCUCGCCUCCGCCAUCGACCUGGACCACUUCUACAUGGCCGGAUCACUGUCACUUAACGCGGCUCUGAACCUGCACCGGCGUCCUCCGUUGCACUGCUCCACGCUGGUCCCGGUGCUCUGCUUCUCACUGCGCCUGCUCAUGUGGGCGUGCAGGCUGAAGGACUCGUGGUGUUCGCUGCCCUGGCUGCUCUUUAUCUCUCUGGCAUCACACCACAUACGGGACGGAGUGCGCCACGGCUUGUGGCUCUGGCCCUUCGCCAACACACCACCAAUCUCCUACUGGCUGUACGUCACCAUCACGGCCACCCUCCCCCACCUCUGCUCCGUGCUCAUGUACCUGACCGGCACCAGAGACAUGAUCUCUUCAAAGCACGGCGUAGCCAUCGACGUCUGAUCCGACAGCUAAACCAGUGUAGAUUCUGCUGGGUAAAAACAGGGCUGGACAUUUCUGCCUCGUCAUCUCAUCGCAGAACCCAGGAGUCAAGACUUAAAGCGAUUUAUUUCCCUUGGAUAUGGACAGAAAUACAUGAAUUAAAGGGAUCAGUAAGUUUAUAUUUUGCCCAGUAGGGGGCAUCAGUGCACUACAAAUAGUUUUUACGUUCGCGUACUGUUAAAUUGCCACUGUGUAGAACUGUACAGAUGGUUUCAUUUUGCACUUAUGAAUCAUGUUGAUGUCUCUUGGUUAUUUGUUUGUUAAUAUCCUGUCAUAAUUUAUUAUUGAUGAAGAACAUGUGCUCUGCAGGAAUAAUCUCGAACCUGAGCCCUGAGCUGAUCGCAGGACUUGCAUGACUCCAGGCCAUCAUGGCAGGUGAACAGGGAAUCAUGUGCACUUUUUUUUUUUCUUCCUUUGGUGAACACUGUGUGCUAGUUUUUUUUUUUUUUUUUCCAGAAUUAAAUUUGAGGAACAUUCCAGUCGGUGUCACGGUAAAACACUCGUUAGCUACAGUAUCGCAAGGAAGCCACUACACUUCUAACAAGCAAGCAGUCAGUUUGACCUUUCUUUAACCCAGAGUCUACAGGAAAUGGGAAUUUGUGUACUGUGGACGUCGUCCCAGCACAAUAAAAACUAUGUGUUUAUGCAGGAAGAGUGACACUGCCAAUAUUUCAUGAGGUUAGAUAUGUAUCAGUGUGUUUUAAAUAGCUUUUAUUUACCUAGUUUGGUCAAAUAGCAGCACUGUUUAUCUUUGCGAGUUGUUUGUAAGCUAAAUUGAUUGUUAGCUCAUGGGUAAACUUUUCCUCCCACUGAUCCCGCCUGGCUCCAGUAUAUUGUGAGCAUAGCGUCUAAGGUAUUUCCUUGUCAGCUGAAACACGUCCUCUCGGCUUCACUCCAACUCUGUCUGAGGAAGGAAGACACGUAGGGAUUUGUUUGCUACUUUUUUGGAUGUCAUUGGAUCAUCAGUCUCGAAUGAGAGAGCCUUAAUUCAGAUGUGAGACGGCUCAACAUAGGAAGGAUACAAUUAUUUAUUGACGGGAAUGUCUUCAGGUUGUGUUAAGGGUCAUAAUCAAGGAUCACCAAGUAAGGAAUAAAAUGUGCCUGGGCAUGCUGUUUAUUGGAAACUUGAUCAGCAAUGAAGUUGGCUUUGUUCUUACACCACAGCGAUUUGCCAUCUCGAGCGAUUUUGUAUUUAUAGUUAGUUAAUGCAGUGAUGGUUUCUGUAUGUUACAGAGAAACAGUGAAGCACAAAGUCCUUUUUGAAAAGUCAAAUUAUAGCUUUUCUUCUGAUGCAUACAGUGGUGCUUGGAAGUUUGUGAACCCUUUUAGAACUUUCUGUAUGUUUCUGCACAAAUAUGACCCAAAACAAUAUCAGGUUUUCACACAAGUCCUAAAAAGUAGAUAACGAGCGUCUGAUUAAACAAAUGGGACAAAAAUAUAAUAGUCCAUUUAUUUAUGAAGGAAAAUGAUCCAGUGUUGCAUGUCAGUGAGUGGCAAAAGAAUGUGAACAUCUACGGUGUUUCCUCUAAGUUUGCUGGUUGUGGGGGGGAGGGACGUUGGGACGAGGAUGGUCACCUGCAGGACCCCUCCCUGCAGCUCCUAUUAUAGAGCAUUUGGGCCUGAACAGUUAAAGGGGUCAUAUUUAAGUCUUAUUUUGGAACAAUUUUUACAAUAGAACUGCACUCCUGUUUUGUUUAGGGUUUUUUUUGGACCUUAAAAUGUGUGUGUGUGUGUGGGGG